CUCGCGACCGGCAUCAAACACCCACCCACACACACACACGCACAUAAGGCGCACACAAAACUUUCCUCCUUGACACACCUCACACGCCUCAAAACAUCCUCGACAACCGCCUUCUUUCUACCACCAGAAAAGAAAACACUUGACAUCAUGCCUCCUAAGAAGUGGGACGAAGAGGAGAGCGACGAUAGCUCCUCCUCCAGCUCUCCCCAGGCCACCGGUGCUGGUGCUGCUCGCCGCAAGUUUGACGAUGAGGAAGACGAUAGCGAUGUCCUCGAUUCGUGGGAUGCCGCCGAAGACUCUGAGGUAGAGCGCGAGAAGGAGCGCAAAGCCGCCGAGGCCAAGGCAAAGGCUGCUGAAGCCGCCGCCGCCGCCAAGAAGCCCAAGGGCCAGCGUAUUGCUGAGCACCAGGCCGACCGAGCCAAGCAGAAGGCCGACGCCGCCAACGUUCAGGUGAUCGAGGAGACCGAGGCCGAGAAGCGUGAGCGACUCCGACGUACCGAGCAGGAGGCCGAUCUCGCCCACGCCGCCGACAUGUUUGGAGAUAUCGGAAUCAGCGCUGGUCGGGCCAAGACUCGAACUGCUGCCGUCGUCGUCGACUCCAGCGAUCCUACCAAUACUGUCGACAUCUCCAAGCUGCCCCUUUUCCAGCCCAAGACCAAGGCUCAGUUCGACAAUCUCCGCACAGUUCUGGGCCCUGUCCUUUCGGCCAACGCAAAAAACGCCCACUACAGUCUCUUCCUCCAGGACUUCACCAAGGCUCUCGCCAAGGAGAUGCCCAGCGAGCAGAUCAAGAAGCUUGCUAGUUCUAUCACCGCCCUGGGCAAUGAGAAGAUGAGGGAGGAGAAGGCUGCCGACAAGGGCGGCAAGAAGACCAAGGCUGCCAAGACCAAGACGUCCCUGGUUACUGGCCGUGCUAACGUUGCGGACACUAGCCAUUACGAUGACGAUGGCGACUUUGGAGAUGAUGACUUCAUGUGA